CCGCUGGCAGAUGCAUAGCCUUUGGUGUAUCUGCCCCGAGUGUUAACACUGUCACGGGAUUUGGUGACAAGUGCCCUAAGAGCUUACUGUGUUCAUUUGACUGUGGCAAAAUGAUGGAAGGCGUUUGGGUCAUUCCUGUCCUGGUGUGAGUCUGAAAGGAAGGAGUCUUGCGGGAGACCGAUGAAGGCUGAUGGGGUACAUUGCAUUUAUAAACCACACAAAGACACUGCAUCAGCUCAGUCCAUUCCUAAACUGCUGUUUCAGCUGCGCUCGUGUCUGGAGAAAGCUCACCAGGUGCUGUGGUUCUGUCUCAAUUGCCCCCGAGAUCCCACCAAAAGAAUGAUGAUCAGGACUUUUGUGACACCAGGGCAGCACUUGGCGUGUCCAGCAAACUCCUUGGAACGUUGUUUAGGAGCUCCUGAGAAGGGGUUGAUUUGUGAGGCUCUGCAACAGCUGAAGUACUGUAUGAUGGUGUCCUGGAGCACUGCAGCAUUGACAGCUUGAGAUGUCUAUGUUCACAAGUACAUCUUGAGUUCAGUCCAUGUUGGUUGGGGUAAGUUUGGGCUCCUGUUGUGCCACAGAUAAGGAAAUGUUAGUUGCUGUUGCCUCUUGGCCUUUUUAUCUCUCUCGAGUUUUUAUUCCUGCCCCCCAAAACUUCCAUUUCUAUUGGUCUGAGGUUACUGGAACACUUUUAUAGGCAAAAUUAUUGCUGUGUUUGUGCUUCAUGUAGUCUGGUGCACAAUGCCUUCCAGUUACCGCAACUUCCGAAACAGCGUGCCGUGGCUAAUCCUUUCUCUGGAAGCUGUUUUCAUCGCCCUCUUUUACUUUGUGUUCCCAUAUGACGAUAAAUUAAUUAAGGCUUACCCAGCUUUCCAAGAUGUCAACCACAUGAUGAUUUUUGGAUUUGGCUUUUUCCUGAUGUUUCUGAAAAGAUACGGGUUUAGCACCACCGGAUUCAACCUCCUGCUCAUUGUACUUGGUGUCCAGUGCUCUGUGCUGAUAGAUUUAUUUGUUUUACUUCUUCAAAGGCAAAAUAAAUGUCAUCUGGCAAGGCUAAUAGAGGCUGCUAUGAGCCUGACUGCUGUGGUCAUCUCCACUGGAGCUGUUCUUGGGAAGGCUAACCCUGUGCAAUUAAUUCUGAUGACAGUUCUGGAGCUAAUAGUUUUCCGUAUGAGCAGAUGGAUGAACAACACAUUCCUGCGGGUUACAGACAGUAUCAGCAUGAUGCAUGUUCACCUGUUUGGAGCCUACUUUGGUCUGGCCAUCUCCUCAUGUUUCCCUGAGCCAUCACCGAGGACUGAUAAGAAUGCAAGAACCCCAAAGUCAGAUUUAUUGUCCAUGUUGGGCACUCUCUUUCUCUGGGUGUUCUGGCCAAGCUUCAAUUCUAUACUAUCUGACAAGAAGUGGAGAGUCAUCUACAACACCUACUUUGGCCUCGCAGUGAGUGCUGUCACUGCCUUUGCCUUGUCUGUUCUGACCACAAAGGAUGGGAAAUUCAGAAUGACUCAUAUCCACAGUGCAGUUCUAGCUGGUGGGGUCGCUGUUGGUUAUGCAGCACACAGUAUCGAGCACCCUUGGAUUGCAAUGGCUUUGGGUCUGCUUGCCAGUGUGAUAGCCAUAUUAGGAUCUUACUGUUCACAGGUAAGAUGCCUGAAUCCUCUCAAGCUUCAUGAUACCUCUGGAGUUCAUUUCACUUUUGGCAUGCCUGCUGUGCUUGGAGCUCUCACCCAGGUCAUUCUCUUAAUAAUAACAAACUGGAAUAAUUUACCAAGUAUGGGUUAUUUGGUCAUGAUUCAAGUUGGUGCCUUCUGCCUGACCAUCAGCGUCGCUUUGAUAACAGGUCUUAUUGCAGGUUUAAUCUUAAACCUCAGACUGUUCAAGAGCAUCCCUGUAUCCAAGUACUUUGAAGACCAGUUUUACUGGGAGUUUCCCCACUUGGCUGUUGGAUUUUGAAUGGAGGAACCCAGAUGAGUGAUUUGACCGAGGCUCAAGAAAGCCAUCCCAAUGGGCACCUAAAAAACUAGUAAUAAACUGUACUAGUUAUUCUUGAAAGAUA